AUUAGGAUCCCGCUUCUUUCUUUCGCCUCGAUUCAAACUCCAGUGGAGAGAGACCGAGCGAGCGAUGGCUAGGGUUUUUGGUGCGUGCCGGGUGCUUAUGGCGGCGAAGGCUGCUUCGUCGCCGAAUGCUGCCUCGUCGGCGAAGGAGGGCACAGGUAAGCUGAAGACCUCCGGCAUCCUCAAGCCCCUGCCAGUCACCCAGGCCAUGAAGGAGUUCGUCGGUGCCUCCGAGAUCUCUCGGCCUGAUGUUGUCAAGAAGAUCUGGGAACACAUCAAGGCCAACAACCUUCAGAACCCAGCAAACAAGAGGGAAAUUCAGUGCGACAAGAAGCUAAAGACUAUUUUUCAGGGCAGAGACAAAAUUGGGAUGCUGGAGAUGGCCAAACUGAUUACCCCUCAUUUCCUCAAACCAAACUGAUACUGGUUGCUCUGGUGAAAUCUGUUGUUUUCCUUCCUGUUAGUUUGGGUCACUAAUAGUUAGGAGUUUGUUUAGAAUGUUGGAGACUAGUCCUUAUUGUUAUGGUAGUAGGAUUGAACUUUUCUGCAGUUUGGUUUUCCAGUGGUCUGACUCCAUGCAAAGCUUCGUUUUGGUUCGCAUGUGAAGUCAGUUUAUGAUGAUUGUUGGCUAGUUAUAAAGACAACUUGCAAGCUUAUCCAACUUUGUGUUUAGUUGAUGAAUUCAACUGAUAUUGCAGCAAUA